GGGGCGGGGCUGGGCUGCGGCUCGGGGCCGGGGGAGCGGCCGCUGCCUGGCACGGGCUGGCAGUGCGGAGCUGCUUCUCCUGAUGGCGGCGGGCGGGAGCGACGGGGCCAAGCGGCCCUACGACCUGGUGGUGUUCGGGGCCUCGGGCUUCACCGGCCAGUUUGUGGUGGAGGAGGUGGCGCGGACGGCGGCCGACGGGGAGUUGCGCGGUGGCCUGCGCUGGGCCGUGGCCGGGCGGAGCCGACAGAAGCUGCAGGCAGUGCUGGAGCGGGCGGCCGAGAGGCUGGGGAAGGCGGCGCCCGGGGCAGAGGUCGGCGUGCUGCUGUGCGAUGUGGGCGACGCGGCUUCGCUGGCCGCCAUGGCAAAGCAGACCCGGCUGGUGCUGAGCUGCGUGGGCCCGUAUAGAUUCCUUGGAGAGCCUGUGGUAGAAGCUUGUGUUGAAAAUGGUGCAAGCUGCAUUGAUAUCAGUGGAGAACCCCAGUUUCUGGAAGGAAUGUACCUGAAAUACAACCAAAAAGCUGCAGAAAAGGGAGUCUACAUUGUCGGGAGCUGUGGCUUUGACUCAAUACCUGCUGAUAUCGGAGUACUCUACACCAGAGACAAGUUGAAAGGUACCUUAACUGCCGUUGAAAGUUUCCUGAAGGUGAAAUCUGGGCCUGAGGGUGCUUGCAUACAUGAUGGGACCUGGAAGUCAGCUGUUUAUGGCCUUGCAGAUCAAGACAACCUGAGGAAGCUUCGAAAAAAGAUAGGAUAUACUCCUGUUCCAGUAGUUGGUACAAAGCUCAGAAGAAGAGGACUUGUGUUUUACAGCCCAGAAUUCAAAGAGUACUGCAUUCCAUUCAUGGGAUCUGAUGUUUCUGUUGUGAAACGAUCUCAGCGUUAUUUGCACACAGAUUUACAGGAAACUCCUGUGCAGUAUGGUGCUUAUGUGACCAUAGGUGGUGUUGGCUCCGUUAUCAAGCUGAUGCUUGCUGGCAUUUUAUUUAUUCUUCUUGUGAAGUUUAGUUUUGGAAGAAAACUUCUGACAAAAUACCCAGAAUUUUUCUCUGCUGGACGUUUCACGAAGAAAGGACCAACCCAGAAGCAGAUGGAUGGAACCUCUUUCACAAUGACUUUUUUUGGCGAGGGAUACAGUGAGGGGCAGGAUCCCCAGAAUGGCAAACCAAAUGUAAAGAUCUGCACUGAAGUGAGAGGACCAGAGCCUGGCUAUGUUGCUACACCAAUUGCAAUGGUUCAAGCAGGUGUAUCUCUUCUGGAAGAUACAGCUUGUCUGCCUAAACAAGGUGGUGUAUAUUCUCCAGGAGCUGUGUUCUCCAAAACAAAACUGAUUGAUCGCCUCAACAAACAUGGUGUUGAGUUCUCUGUUAUUAGCAAGGCUGAAGUCUGAAGUGAAAAUGUAAUUUUAUGAGCUAACAUCUUGCCUGGGUCUAACUCCAAUAAAACUCAUUUGGCUGUAAAAGUCUAAUAACAAAAUAGUUUCACCGUGCUAUUGUUUGCAGCAGAAACAGGAGAAAUUUUGAGUUGAAUGUUAACACUGUUUGCUGUAGUGAGCAGAUCUGUAAAGGGUAUUGAAUUUUCAUUCACACAUUAAAUCAACAACUUACUAAGUACUAGUUCUAGAAUGUUGUUUAAUCUUUUUCAUCCAGUAGAGCCACUGGUAGAAUCUGCUUCUUAAUUAACCACAGCCUUCUUGCUUUGCCCCCAUAAGCAAGUACUGGAAAGUAGACAAGCCCUGAAUAAAAAGUGCCUUAGCAGAUGAAGCCCCCGGUUUGGAUAGGUGCUAUUACUUUGCAGUGUUCUGACUUUCAAAGCCUCAGUCCCUGUAGUGUAAUAAAAGAGCAGUUGUUUCUUAGAGUUGAAGCAAUAGAUUUGUCUUUACUUCCUGCGCUAUAAUAAAGAUCAGCUGACUCUC